AUGUCGACACUGGGGUGCAUCCCGAUUGCCAUUGUCGGCAUAGCCGCUGAACUUCCGUCGGGCGCAGACGCUGUCCACAAUCUCGACUUCUCUUCGUUCUGCCAGUUCCUUUUCGACAAGGGAGAGUCCUAUGAGAAGAUCCCGAGCGAUAGAUUCAACAUCGAAUUCAUUCGCGGAAAUGCUUUGGGACACGUCGUACCCGACACUGGGUCAUUCCUUAAGCACCUCAGCAUGUUCGACUAUUUCGAGUUCGGCAUCACUGGUCGAGAUGCGCGUCUCCUGCCCGUCAGCACCCGAAAGCUCAUCGAGACGACCUUCCUGGCUCUUCUGGACUCUGGCAUUGAUUAUAGGGGGAAAAAUGUUGGUUGUUACAUGUCCGGUGUGUCUCAUGACAUGUUCUCGGUCUCGGGUCACGAUGACGCCGAAGCCCGAGCUUCACUCGCGUACGCGCCAUCAACAAUAGCGAACAAAGUAUCGUAUCAUUUGGACCUACGGGGACCCACGGUUCCGGUCGAUACUGCAUGCAGCUCGAGUUUAUACGCUACUCAUUUGGCCAUCCAAGCGUUGCGGAACGAGGAAUGCGAGGCUGCUGUUGUGGGAGGAAGUCAAAUCAAUCACCGAUUUGCAGAGUGGCUUACGUACAGUCAAGUCACUGGCGUGCUAUCUCCUGAUGGCAAAUGUAAACCGUUUGACGCAUCAGCAAACGGAUUUAGCCGAAGCGAAGGAGUUGUUUCGAUCGUCCUGAAGCCCUUGGAAGCAGCCCUCCGGGACGGCGACAAAAUCUAUGGAAGCAUACUUGGGACGGGAGUUAACUCAUGUGGCGCUUUAGCACCUGUGAACGCGCCUGUCGCAGAAGCGCAGAGGGACGCGAUGCAUAGAGCGUUCCGCAUGGCUGAACGCUCGCCGCGAGAUGUGGAUUUCAUCGAAUUACAUGCCACAGGCACGUACAACGGAACUAAGAAGGGAGAUCCGACGGAAGCCAACUGGAUCGGUGCCGAGUGCUCUAGAGACGAUGAACUUCUCAUAGGUAGUGUGAAAGGUAACAUAGGUCACCUAGAAAUCACGGCCUUCUUGGGCUCUCUCGCCAAAGUUUGCUGUAUCUUCAAGACCGGGAUGAUUCCACCGAACGUGAACUUCCAGAAACCGAACAAAGGGAUCAAGUGGGAGGAGUACCGUUUCCGAGUACCUACUGAAGCGGAACCAUUAAAGUGCCGCUCCCCUUCGGGUCGCUCACUCGUAGCAAUGACCAGCUCCGGCAUCGGAGGUGCAAACGGGCAUUGUGUCGUCGAGGGUCCACCAAUGCAUCAGAAGAAAGAGAACACGUUCUGGCGCGUUGAACCGAGUCUCGUCCCCGCUGUUCUGAUCGCAGGGGGCCUUUCUCCACGUUCAGCGAAAGCUAUCGGCGAUAGUCUUCGAGAUACCUACACCGACGCUGAUCGCCAUCACAUAUCUCGACUCUACGGCCGCCGGGCUCGGUCGAUGCCUUGGCGGUCGUUCGCAAUCGCGAAGGACGGCAAGGUGUCGCAAUUCCAAGAACCCGUCCUGUCGCAUCGCUCUUCUGUCCCUCUUGUAUUCGUCUUUUCUGGCCAGGGACCUCAAUAUUUUGAUAUGGGUCGUGAAUUAUUCAAGACCAACGCCGUAUUCCACUCGACAAUUUUGGAGUUGGAUCAGGUCUACGAGAAAGCUGUCGGACAGUCUCUUAUCAAGGGUACGGGAAUAUUCUCAGAGGCCCCACAAGUGGACAUUCUCGGAGAAGUCUGGUCCAUUGCAAUCACUCUUCCCGCGUUAGCCAUGGUCCAGCUAGCGCUCUUCGACACGCUCGUAAGCCUGGGGAUCAGGCCCGACGCAGUCAUCGGUCAUUCAGCGGGUGAGACGGCGAUGAUCUACGCUUCUGGUGCUGGGAGUAAAGCCUUAGCUCUCGAGUUGGCCAUCGCCAGAGGGAGGGCGAUGUCGGCUUUGGAGGAUGCGGACGGUACCAUGGCUGCCGUCAACUGCUCUGCAGAUCAGGCGCGGGAUAUAAUUGCCACGGUGAUCGCAGAGGCAGGCUUCAGUCCGCUUGAGAUCGGGUGUUACAACACACCUGAAGCCAUCACGUUGUCCGGGAGGGCGUCGCACAUAGAUCUGGCAGUCCAGGUGGCGGAAGGGAGGGGUUUCUUCGCCCGACGUCUUCGAACGAAGAUCCCAGUGCACUCUGCUAUGAUGGAUCUCUGUCAGAGCGAAUAUCAGCGUCUGGUUCAAGAUGUCUUCACGCGGUACACGGUCCGAGCACCCUCCAUAGACGUCUACUCAGCAGAAAGUGGCCAGUCAUUCACCAAAAUCUUCGACGCUCAAUACUUCUGGGAUAACACGCGCGGUCCUGUACGUUUCGCGGAGGCGGUGAAAGCAUUACAAUCCAAGUAUUCGACCGCCAUCUUCGUGGAACUUGGUCCUCAUCCUGUACUGAGCGGGUAUGUAUCGUCUAUGGUCGGGAAAGAUUCUCCAGUCCUCUGCCCACUGCGCAGGCCGAAGAACGGCCAGCCAGCCGUGGAGCUGCAGGGGCUUGUGGAAUUUGUGGGCAGGCUCGUUGUUUCAGGCUAUCAUUCGGUCGACUUCGACGUCCUGUCUGCCUGCGACCAAGAAGGCCAGGUGACGCCGGCCCCAUAUCCGUUUGCUCGCAGAGACGUGCCGUACGUUGCCGCGACACCUGAAAUCACAAGACAGCGACAGCAUCGCAACGGUCCCCUCAAUUACCCGCAACUACAGGUGAAUGUGAAUACCCACCCUGCUCUGGCCGAGCAUGUCAUCAAAGGCGAGCCUAUCAUGCCUGCCGCUGGCUACCUUGAGAUGGCUCUUGAAUUCGGCGCGAGAAAGCUUUGGAACGUCGAAUUUAUCUCCAUAAUUGCUCUCUCCUUUGAGAAGCCCACGCCCGUUCAAGUUAAGUUGGAAGGUCAUAAAUGGACUGUCAAUAGUGCGGCUCCCGCAGAGGUGGCAAGAAAGUGGCCCCUACAGUACGAUCGUCUCCAUGCGAAAGGCUAUCUAUCCAUGGAGAUUCCUGCUCUCAGCCCCACACCCAUCGAUUUGGAGCCCAUCUUGGCGCGCCUAAACGCUAUUGAUAUGAAAAAUUUCUACAAUGGCUUCGCUAGUUUCGCCCAGUAUGGACCAAUGUAUCAAAGAGUCACCGCCUGCUAUAGGGGUCUGGACACGCAAGGACGUGAAGAAGUGCUCGUUGAAGUGCGUGGUAACGAUGGAGAUAUCCCAGAUCUCGACGACUACCACCUUCACCCGGCUAUCCUAGACGGGGCGCUGCAUGUUAUGGUACACCCCAUUCUCACUUGUUGCUGGGAUAGUGCUCGGUAUUACCUUCCGGCGAAGGUGGGCGCAUUUACCGUCCACGAUGCGCUAUUCAAGAAGCCAUUCCCCAAAGUCGUUUUUGCGCAUGGUACGAUGUCGGCCUGGUCUCCCGAGGCCAUCACGUAUAACUUCACGAUAGUUCGUAAGGACGGCGUUCCCCUCUGCACGUUCGAGUCUUUCGAAGUAGCCCGACAUGGCUACAUUCCGGAGACCGUUGAAAGACGGUUCGAAGUCGUUGAUGUAUACACGGACCUGGUCCUCCCGCGCCAGAUUGCUAAUGGUCAUGGCCUGCACGUCAACGGCAUCAAAGAGAAUGGACAUACGCCUGAAGUUGAGGGUGCUACGGUCAAUGGUAAUGCGAAUGCGAAUGGUCACGCCAAGCCCCGAAUAGACAGUGACAUAAGCAUCUGCUCCCGCCAGCACGAGAAUACGGUCAUCAUCGAGUACAGAAGAGGAGUCGAGAUGCACAUACAGGAACUCCUGUCAAAAAUGGACACUCUGGCGCCUGUCAGGCUGUGGUUGGAAGCCUCAGCGGGACUGGACGGUGACGCGCUGCUCGGGUUUUCCAGGUCUCUUCGCAAAGAAUAUGGUGCCUGGAGCGUACGGGCAGUUGUCUUUCCCGAUUCAUGGACCGAGGGGGACAAGGGGACCGCAAUGAAGCAUCUUCUGAGCUCAGGGUGCGAAGACGAGAUCUAUGUUCAAGAGGAUGGCACUGUUACCGUUCCAAGAAUAAUGCCUUCCGCGCCCCCGGCUGCGAGUGCUCCUUUCCAUCCUGAGUCACCAUGGGUCUAUGAUGGUGUUCGUGUUAAGCAAGUGUCUGCUCCCAGGGUACCUCCCGACCAUAUCCAGAUCAACAUUACGGGCGUCUCUCAAGUAAGCAAAACUAUAUACUCCUUCCUCGGAACGACUGCAGGAGAGUCUCGGGAGGUCGUCGGAAUAGCGGUUGGCCCGAUAUCGAAUGUUGCUGUGGUACACUUGGGCAGCCUAGUCGAUAUCAAAGCUUCCUCGGGGGGUAAUAACGUGCCAGCUUUUGCUCUAGCUGCAGCAGUCUUGGGUGUGGGGUUCAGCAACUUCAUGCAUCCAGACCGACUCAGGGAUACCUCAGCCUUUGUGACGCAUGCUGAGACAACGGUCGGCCGCAGUAUUGCUGCGAUUUACGAGACGCUUGGGCUCGAAGUUCUUUCAUGUUCAGGUAGACCCACGGUCUCGGACCUCGAAGUCAUAGCGGUUCGCCGUCCUACAUUCAUUCUCUCCGGGUGUGAGGACGCCUCUGAUAUACAGGUCUUCGACGAUCAUGUAUCGUCGAAAGGAAAAGUAUUCUUAUGGUCGGAUACCAAGCGCGGUGUUCCUGGUGCCCUUUCAAGUGAUCCAUGGAAAGUUGGUGAUGCGAUUAAACUUGCGCUGGCAAAGUAUCCGCAUGCGAAGGCCUCUUUCGUGGCACCGGUGAAGAUGAUCCAAGGAGGUCUACCCAAUGAAGUUCCGUUAGAUAUCGCCAUCCUGAGCCAGGACAAGACCUACCUUCUUGUCGGUGGGAUUGGUAGUCUGGGGUUGGAGAUUGCUCUAUGGAUGUACUCGCAAGGGGCGCGGAGCAUUGUCAUGACAUCGCGGGGAGGACGUGCCAGUAUCACGAAAAGGGGCUCAGCACUCUCGAAGCGAAUUCUGAAGUAUCUGGACGGCCUCCCGGACCUCGAGCUGCACGCUGUCGCUGCAGAUGCUGUAUCGCUGAAAGAUAUACGACGUGUAGUCAGUGCGAUUGAUAAACCUCUCGGUGGAUGCAUGAUUCUCUCUGCGGCCUUGAUCGACCGUACAUUCCAUGCGCAGACCGCCGAGACCUUCGAGACGCCGUUCCCCCCGAAAGUUGGAGCAUUCCAAGUUUUGGAGCAGGCCAUAGAUAUCGAGUCCCUCGAUUUUCUAGUUACCGUUUCGUCUGUGUCGGCUAUGUUCGGCAAUGCUGGUCAAACGAACUAUGCCAGCGCGAAUACUGCGCUUGCAGGGCUCACGAAGAAGUACAAGAACGCUUUCUGUAUGGUCUGCCCUGCGAUAAUCGACAGCGCCAUCGCUCUGAAAGGAGAUGUUGAUGAUGUAUACCGUCGUCGUCUGCGGCAUCUCACUGAUUGGGGUAUGAGCGCGUCCGAAUUAUGUACGUACCUCGGGGACGGAAUUAGGAAACUUCGCAAUGGCGCCGUGUGGCAGUAUGUCCCCAACUUCGACUGGCCUCGCGUCGCUGCAAAUAUGGGUAUAUCGCCCGUCUUCAAACAUCUCCUCCCAGAGUCUAGUACUGUAUCGGCUGACGAAGCACCGGGUACGUCUAACAUGAAGGAGAUCAUUUGCAAAAUUCUCGAGGUUGCGCCAAACGAUCUGGCGCCGGAUGUGCCCCUCACGGCAUACGGGCUUGAUUCGCUGUCCGCGACGUCUUUGUCGACUGCGCUGGCGCCUAUAGUUGCCAUCUCGCAGAUUCAGCUCCUAGCGGAUGUAACACUCCAGCAGCUAGAGGCGAGGGUCGAGGAAGCUGGAUCCAGUAGUUCUGCUCAGGAGCAAGCAGACACCGCAGAGAUCGGAGAGGUUGAUGAACUGCUAGCUUUGGUGGAACGCUAUGGCUCCGAUUUCCCCAGUGUCCAGCCGAAGGUAGAAAAGGCGCCUGCGAGCCCCGGGCGGGUCGUCCUGAUCACUGGUUCUCGUGGUAGCCUCGGUGCACACGCCCUUGCCCGCUUUGUACUGUCAGCUGAGGUCAGCAAAGUAUAUGCACUGCUCCGGAAGUCGGACGCUACAGAUUCUCUAGCGGACCGCCAACGCUAUGCCUUAGCCAUGCGCGGCAUUGAUCCCUGUGUAGUCGACUCGGACAAGCUUGAGCUAAUCGAAGGGCUCCUGACAGAGCCACUUCUCGGACUUCAAGAGGAAGCCUAUGAGCAGAUCCAUAACACGGUCACCCACGUAGUCCAUCUAGGUUGGAAUAUCAACCUUGCAACUCACCUGAAGGCAUUCGAACCCGAUGUCCGUGGUCUCCGCGCACUGAUCGAUUUUUCGGCAACCGCACGCAAGGGCAGGCAAGCCCGAUUGGUUUACGCCAGCUCUGUGGGGAUCUUCCGUCAACUGGAAUAUCUCUCCGACAUAUCUGCUCCUAUUACAGAGUCGGCGCUACCCGACCCUAGGGUGUCCAUCGGGCCUGGAUAUUCUGAGUCCAAGUGGGUCUCGGAGAGACUCUUGGACAUUGCCAUGGAGAAGAUACCAGGCUUCAGCGCCACUACCAUCCGUAUCCAUCAACUCACUGGGGGACUAAACGGCGCAUGGAAGCCAUCUGAAUGGUUCCCUGCAUUGGUCUCGGCCAGUAUGACUCUUGGUUGUUUCCCAGAUGGUCGGGACACUAUAUCCUGGAUGCCUGUUGACAUGGCUGCGGCUGCGAUGGUAGACUUCCUUGACUGCAGGGAUACCGUCUUACACCUCCGCCAUCCCAAGCCUAUACCAUGGAGUGACAUGGCGAACCCGCUGGCUAGAAUCAUAGACGCGCGAGUGGUCCCCUAUGCGGAGUGGCUCGCGCGCCUGGAACACGAGUGGAAGGCCCAAGGCAUCCGCCAGAUCUCUCCGUUCUUGGAGCCGGCCAUCCGUCUGAUGGACGUGUACCGUUCGACGUGCCCCGAUGACCACCCCGCGCGCCCCAUCACCGAGAGCAACGGCCUGUUCCCUAUGCUCUCGAUCGACAAGGCGCUCAGAGCUUCGCCGACCUUGCAAGAUCCUGACCUACCUACGAUUCAAGAAAGUGACAUCGCCGCAUGGAUCAGAUACUGGAGGCAUGUGCACGCCUUGCCGGGCAAUUGAACUGUGUCGCAAGGCCACAGCCCUAGCGCAGACUAUACUGAUAGAUUUCCACGAUAUUCAGG